AUGCAUCUAUUCGGAAUACAGACUUGCGGACUGUUUACUGGUUUCCAUGCCUUCUUUGGGCAUGUUUAUUGUGACUUUCCUAACCUCAUGUACUUCUUCGGGUCAUUGGGAGUUUGUAAGUGACCAGCCCUUCAUAUAUUUACGUUAAAUAUUCUGAAAUAAUAUCACUGAUUGCUUUAGCAAUGUGGUCGUCCAGCACGUUGACCUCACUAUUCCUCGGAAUCAAUCGAUGUGCCGAAUUGACGAGUCAUUACUGGGCAGAUGUCAUGUUUGGGGGAUGGCGAAAGAUCUUCUGGAUUGCGACUCCAGUCAUUUAUUUCUUUUUCUUUUUCAUUUUCACUCCUAGUGCGUUUUUCAAUGGAGAAAUGAUGACCUGGUUCUUCAAUCCUCAUUAUGGGUAUUAUGAAGAUACCGAACACAAGGUAACUUCGUAGCAUGAACCCGGUAGAUGAGGAAGUUUGACGAAAUGAAUGUUCCAUUUUGCAGAAGUAAUCACCACAAUAUACGAAUUGUUUUAUAAGCACCUUCAAAAUUUCGCCAGCAACCUCUGCUUGGAUGAUACAACCCUAGAACCCAACACAAAUUCCCACCAUAACAAAUUUUUUAACCUAAAAAUUUCAGUACCAAAGUAUCUGGCAUUCCAUGAACAACCUCUGUGUGAUGCUCGCUCAUUCCGGAGUGUACGCUUACUUCUUUUUUGUCUACUUCAAAAAGACGCGAAUGACCAAAUCCCUGGGAAAUAUCAAAGACAAAUCGGUAAGAAAAAUGCAACAUUGACUACAUCAUUUCGCGUAAAAGCUUAUGCUGAAUGUACUUUAGACAUACAUCCAAAUUCUGAUUAUCGGAGCCAUUCAUUUCGUCGCCGCCGCGUCUUAUGUCAUCAUUCAGUAUUUACCGGUGAACUUUUAUUACACACUCGUUGCGUCUUCGGCCUAUUUGGCUUCGCAUGGUAAGUGAAAUCAGCAAAAAAAUAUAAAUGGUGCUAUUUAUCAGGCCGACCAAAAUUUGAGAACAUCUUUAUUGUUUUAGGGACCCCACCAGUUAUCUACAUCUGCUGCAACAAGACGAUUCGCCGAUAUAUAGCGCGAAAAUUCCUCCGGCCGUUCCGCCGCUCGGUCAGCACAACAAAUGCAUCGGAACUCUCGCGAGUCAAAACUGCACGAUCCUCAGAAGGUGUUUCAAACCUCCACUAAUAUUGUACAUUACAGUAGCCUCCUCUUUAACUAACUUUAAUGACUCUAAUCUAUCGCGUUGCGAAUUUCUUAAUUCAAGAAAGUUUUCUAUCAAAUUGACUCAUUUUGUCACAAUAAAACUACAAAAGAAGACAAUAAAAAGUCAUAAUCGAUAUGAAACUUUGUGAAAAAGGUUGUUUUGAACCGGAAAUAACCUUGAUGCGGACCUUGGGUUGAGUAAUAACCAGGUUUAUGAACUGUUUUAUUGCGCGAGGCGUCGACAGUCAAGUGGCUGGGAGAAGAGGCUUUGUGUAUAAAUUGCUAUGAAAAGCGGGGCGUAAACGGUAGUGUCGCCAGUCGCUGUCGUUGCCAUUCUGGCCGCUUGAAUGCGUCAAUUAUAAUAUAUUGUCCGAAGAUUCUACGGUGAGUUCCCAAGAGUUUCUCGUGCUUAUAUACUUCUGCCUAGUGCACUAUUACAGUGCAUAUAUUAUCUUUGCUCUCAGUAACAUAUUUAAAAAUAUAUAUGCCUGCCAGCUAUCACUAGGAAAUACCAAAAUUUAAUUUUUAUUUUUCUUCAUUUCAGAUGUCACAAACGUCAUCUAAUCCCCAACUAAAGUCACACGGUACAUUGCUCCUAGAAGCAGAAACUCUUCGCCGUCAUGCUCUAAUUGCCACGUCCGUUACAACUUCAGCCAUUCUGACCGUAAUCUUGGCGGUUCCCCUUCUCUACAAUUACAUUCAAUAUGUACAAAGUGGCCUUCAAGACGAACUCUCCUUCUGUCUCCAUCGAACAAACGAUCUAUGGUUGCAAUAUCAUAGAACUCAUGAUAUCACUGGUCACGAAGUUCGAAUCAAGCGUCACUUCCACCAAAUGGGCGCUGGAUAUUCCCCGCCAAACUAUCAGCAACCAUCGUAUCAACAAGCUCCUUAUCAACCACAAGCCCAGCCACAAUAUCAACGGCCAAUGCAGGCGCCACGGCCAGCUCCGUAUCGUCCAGCACCGGCUCAAAGUUGCUCAUGCGGGGUAGGGAUGGGAGGUCCUCCUGGCCCACCUGGAGGAGAUGGCUAUCCAGGUAAAGAUGGAGCACCGGGAAACGACGGAACGCCUGGACCGGAUGCAGGGCUGAAUGACAAGCCAAGACCUCAAGACUUCUGCUUCGACUGUCCACCAGGACCUGCAGGAAUGCCCGGAGGAAUGGGACCAAAAGGUCCUCCUGGUCGACCUGGAGAACCCGGGGCAUCCUAUGGCCCGGGAAUGAUGGGACCACCUGGCCCACCUGGAGCUAUGGGACCGAUGGGAAGUCCUGGUAUGCCCGGCAAACCAGGGGGCAGAGGAGCGCCUGGCCAAGUGAUUGAUGGCCCGCCUCAAUAUGGGCCAGCUGGGCCAAUGGGACCUCCAGGUUCUCCGGGCUCGAUGGGACAACCAGGAGCUCCAGGAAGAGCUUAUCCUGGCCCAAUGGGACCACCAGGUGAUCAAGGCGCUCCCGGUGGACCAGGUAGGCCAGGUGGACCGGGAGGUCCUGGGCGGCCGGGAUAUCCAGGCCCUAAGGGCAGCUGUGAUCAUUGUCCUCCGCCAAGAACCGCUCCUGGCUAUUAA